CAAAACGCGAGAGCUCCCUCUAUACACCAUAGCACGCAGGCCGCGAAGCGCAGCACAAGAGAAGCAAGGGGUCUGACAGUCUGAGACUCUCUCUCUUCGGCUUUGCAUUCGAAUCGAACACUACGAAGACGAAGGAUUGAUUUGGGCAUUGAUGGCAUCGAAGUUGCGCCAGUUGCAAUCUAAGGCUUGUCAAGCAACACAGUUUGUGUCCAAGCAUGGAAGUACCUACUACAAGAAUUUGUUAGAGCAGAACAAGCAAUACAUUCAGCAUCCACCAACAGUUGAGAAGUGCAAUGAGCUGUCAAAGCAAUUGUUUUAUACUCGACUUGCUAGUAUUCCUGGCCGUACCGAAUCAUUCUGGAAGGAAGUUGAUUACAUCAAGCAUUUGUGGAAGAACAGGCAGGACCUGAAGGUUGAAGAUGCUGGCAUUGCUGCUUUGUUUGGGCUGGAGUGCUUUGCAUGGUUUUGUGCUGGUGAGAUUGUGGGAAGGGGAUUUACCUUCACUGGUUACUAUCCUUGAGAGCAACCAUUUGAUAAAAUGUUUCUAGGGAUUGCACGUGUAAGCCUCUCAUGUCAUUUGCUGGAUCUGAACUGCGGGUACUGUACUUGCAAUUUUUUUGUUUUCCUUGACAAAUUUUUGAAGCUGAGAAAUCGGUGGGCAAGUUUGACAGCCUUAAUAAUCAAAUGUAUUUGAAAGUAACUUGAAUGGGAUGUUGUUUAGUUUUCUCUUUUGGAAUCAUGAAUAUGAUGAUAAUACGUCACAAAUUUUAUUAGAUUCACUCUCUUUGAAAUCAA